CGCGAGGCGGCGCUUAAAAGUUUACGCGUCGGAUUAAACAACAAACAAACGUUAAGCAAAUACCAAACAGUAUAAAAGUGUUCUCUGGAGUCUAAUCUAGUAGAACCGCAACAACACUUUUUUCCCCGAAGUCGGCUAACCACUAUACAAAAGGCCAUAAACAAAUUGCUCUGACGCAGAGAAUUCCAAAAUUAUCUGAGAGCGGAGAGAGUUGGGGAUCCAAAAACAAUGUCAGUGGCGUCCCGCCUAUCAAAUGAGCGUUAAAUUAAAAGAACGUUACCCAAGCGACGCCGGCUCAGUCAGACACUGACAACGAACCCGAAGCAACGAACGGGCGCGACGGGUAAAAUCCAAACGAAACGAAAAGCUAAUUACCAGCAAGCAUAAAGGCCACUUGGAAUAUUAACUAAUUAAAGCGACCCAGCCACGAAAUGCGCGACGCCCCCGAAGAUCAGUCCAUAACCGUUUCCAUCCCGGGCUCCGCCUCCGCCUGUGCCGUCCCCGACUCCACUGAUGCGGAGUGCCGCAGGGCGGCUGACCGCCGGAUGACCCAGCGCCUGCUCAUGGAGCUCCUGGUGGUGGUGGUCCUGCUGAUCCCCAUCUGCGUGUACGAGUUCGCGGUGGAUCCAGUGCGGCGCGGCUUCUUCUGCGACGACGAGAGCAUCAGCUACCCGUUCCACGACAACACCGUAACGCCGGUGAUGCUGGGCCUGAUCGUGGGCCUGCUGCCGAUCCUGGUCUUCGUGGUAGUGGAGUACGUGGCCCACCUGAGAGCCGGAGACAUCUCCGCCACUGUGGACCUGCUGGGCUUGCGAGUGUCCACCUGGUUCGAGGAGCUGGCCCGCCAGACCUCCUUCUUCUGCUUCGGUCUGCUGCUCACCUUCGACGCCACCGAGGUGGGCAAGUACACCAUCGGCCGCCUGAGGCCCCACUUCCUGGCCGUGUGCCAGCCGCAGCUGACGGAUGGAACACUGUGCUCCGAUGCGGCCAACCUGCACCGCUACGUGGAGAACUACGAGUGCGCCGGCGAGGGCUUCUCUAUGGAGGACGUUCGCCAAGCACGCCUCAGCUUCCCCAGCGGCCACUCCAGCUUGGUCUUCUACGCAAUGGUCUACGUGGCGCUCUACCUGCAGCGAAAGCUCUCCUGGCGAGGAUCGAAGCUGAGCCGCCACUUUGUCCAGUUCGCGCUGGUGAUGGUGGCCUGGUACACGGCCCUCAGCCGCGUGAUGGACCACUGGCACCACUGGUCCGACGUGCUCUCCGGAUCGCUCCUGGGCGUGGCAGGCGCGCUGAUCACCGCCCGCUUCAUAGCGAGGAUGUUCGACGAGGGGGUGCACGGGAUCGGCAUCGUGACCGGAGGUCUGCGGAGGGAGAACACCGCGGCCACGCUGCAGGAGGAGGUGUGUCCCAGCACACCACCCCCCUACUCGGCGAACGGCAGCUUCAACGAGGAUCAGUACUGCACGAAGGUCUAGAAGGUGCCAGACGCUCUUGGAGCCAUGUAAAUUCGAAACAUUCCAAAGGUAGCAAUAAAGUAAAGAAGAACAAUCAGCCCGAGUUGAACCAGUAGUAUCUACACCUCGUUAUAGAGCAUUAGGAUUAGAAAUCACCCAUUUGAAUAGUUCAUUUAAGUCUGUAUCUGCAUUCCCAUCUUACAUGUAAGUCAUCGUAUUAUUAUUUGUGUAUUUUAAUUGGUACCAGUGAAAUAAACCAGUAAACGGAAUAUAGAUCA